UGGGGGUCGCUUUGAUAUCCCCCACUACUUCGCCAUUCCUCACCAAUCCUGCUUGCCAUGGCUUCAGUUCUGCUGUUCGCCGUCAUCUUCUUCGUGGUGGUUGCUGUAGCUGCCUCCAUGAUGGCCUAUGUGGCAUGGAGAGGGUCAAAGCCCAGCGACUUCUUUGUUGAGGCGGUCACCGAGACGUACCAAUGUGAGUUGUCUGAAGCAGAGAUCAACGCCUACUAUGACUUGAAGGAGCGGAUGCGGAAGCAGAAAGUGCCCGACGCUCCGGAGGAUGACGAGGCGCCCGAAACUUGGAUCCGGGAAGUCUUGAGCCAGGAGGAGCGGCGUGUCUUGCAGCAUGCGCUGAUGAAGCGUUUGGUGAGCUGCUUCGAUAGACUAGACCAAGUCCAACGUGACAAGCCAGGUAACUGGAACCUGUGGAAGCAAAAGUUGAUCUCCGAACGCUACUGGGCUUCACUCCUGGAGGCAGAGCGAUUGGUCAGCGAAGAGAUCACGAGUUGUGUCUCAGAAGCCGGAGUUCUAGAGCCUGGAUGGAAUAAUCACAUUUUCAACCAGGCUGUGCAUUUAUGGCGGCAACAAAAGCAACAACUCGCCGAGAAGAAGGAGGUCAAGAAGGACAAGGAGAAGCAGAAGAAGGAGAUUGAGAAGGCGGAAAAGAGAAAGGAGGUCGAGGCCAAAUUGGCUGAAGAAGAGAAAGCAAGACAGGAGAAGCUGGCUCAAAAAGCCAUGGACAAGUUGCUGCGGGAAGAGGAGGCACAAAGCAAGGUAAAACCUCGUGUUGGGCCGAAGUCCAAAAGCAAAAAGAAGUGAAAAGCUUGGUGCCGGUUGGAGCACCGACCGGCGCAAGCUCCGAGCAGUGCAGAUGCGAAAAAGACAUUUGCUGAUUGGUUUUCCUUUGAAUUAUUAAUGAUGCGAGCUUCGUCAGAAACGACUUCAUGCGUGAAAUGAAAUGAAACAUGAACUUCAUGAUGCAGUGAGAAGGGGCUAUGUUCCCUCUAGGGGGAGAGCAAACCAGCAAAUGCAAC